ACAUUAUUGAUUUUUUAUUUGACAGAGUGCCCAGCUUACUCACUGCCAAAAAUUUUCAUUUCCUUCUUCUUCUACAUCUACUGAUUUGCAACAAGAAACAAUUAUCCUCGUAUGCUUUGGUUUUGAGGUAAUAUUUCAGUCUCCCCAUGUAUAUAACAAGCAAACUCGUAUGAUGUUAUUAAGAUUGUUUUUCUAGCGUAGGCGUAUUAGUAUUACUAUAAUUAUUAAUACUAAAAUGCAUAGCCAAUACCUCAAUACUACCGGUAUUCAUUUAUAAAUUAAAUUUAUAUUGAAUCAUUGAAGAAGUAAACUUGGAAGACUUCACUUCAUUAUAUGAUUAGUUCAUAAUAGUUCAUAUCUUUGUCAUUAAAGUUUUGAAUUUAAUUUUAACAUAAUUACUAGGUCACUUGUAGGUUUAGGACUAGGCAGAUGGAUAAUCUCUUAUGUUUGUGUGCAAGUGCAAUAAAUUCCUUAAUUAACGUUUUUUAAAUACAAUAAAUAAUCAACUUAUUAAUAUUAACUUAUUAUUUCAAUUGGUCUUUGGACCAAUCAGAUUGGUAAAUUUAGACAAUCUGCCUAAUCACCCUCCCCUAAAGACUUCAAGGGACCAUCUGUAUAGUAUAUUCCAAAUGCACUGAGGGGGGGGGGGGCACAGAUGCAGAGUAUCAAUGAAUCAAUGUCAGUAUAUUUUAUUUAUUAAUAUUACUGCAACCAUCUGUCAAAGAUGGUCAAUUAAUAUAUAAUGGUGAAAAUCCUUUAUUCUUUAUGGAUCCAAAGAGGAUUUUAACCCUUACUAAUACUUUUUAUAAUAAAAUAAGUUAAUAAGGUGAUUAUUUAUUUUUAAAAAGUUAAUUAUGGAAUAUACUGCACUUUCACAAACUUAAGACAUUAUCCAUUUGCUUAAACCUACAAGUGACCUAGUAUUUAAGUUUAAGAUAAAAUUAAAUUCAAAACUUUAAUGACAAUGAUUAUGAACUGAUGAAAUCAUUAGAAAAGAGAAGAAACACUGGAGGCAUAUCAUUAUAAAACUUUUUUUAAAACUUAUCUUAUGGAGAACAUGUCAUGUUAAACAUCACUUUUUAAACCUUUUCUUUGCCCCUCCUUAUUACAACCAAUCACAGUGGACUUACUUUUCCUCUCUUCCAUCCCAUUUUGUCUGUAUUAACUCUUACCUACUUUUGUUCUAUCACAUUCUGCUUGCUGUCCUCUGUGAUACUAUAUGGCAGCCAAGUCUUUUAUAUUGAUUUUACUGGGUUUUUUUAUCUCUGAAGAAGGCUUCUUGUAGACACAUUCGUUGUCUUGUUGCAUCUAUUUUUUUCAGGUUUUCCAAUACUUUUUUUGUAGCUAUUUCCUCCUACCUAACCUGAUUGCAGUUUCUCUCCCUUAUUACCAUGUUUCAAGUUAAAAUAACAGUUAUUUUAUUUAUAUUUAUUUCAGUUUCAUCAAUCACCUAUUAACUAUAUUUUUAGGCAAGAUUCAGGGGAAAUAAUUAAUCAGGUCUUAACUAAUUUUUGUAAAAAUAUAACAUAACUAUUUUUUGUCCAUACAUUUAAUGUUGCGUUUUUUUUCUUCCUCUUUCCAGAUUUACUUGUCACAACUAUAAUAUCUCACCACUACUUCUCAGUCAGCUAAUAGAAGCAAGAGUCUUUUGAUAACAUAACUUCUUCACAAUGGCGAACUGUGGCUGGCUAUGGAGCAUAAUUUGGUUCAUUAUUCUCAUAGUCUUCGGUUGGCCUAUAGGCUUCCUGUGCGCUGUUUUCUUUGUUAUUUUCAGUCCAUGUGCAGCAUGCUGCUCAGGAUGCAUUGAGCUUAUUAACCUGUUAGAACGAGGGGUCAAACUUCCACUUACCUGUGCACAAAACAUGGUAUCAGGAAAAUCUAUGUGUUAAAAAAUUAGCUCUAAUAACUUUUUCCAAAUAAGGUCUGUAUCUAAUAUUUAUAAAUGCUGGUUUUUUUUUCAAAUGAAUCACUGGAAUGAAUGCUUUCAUUCAUAUAAAUACUAUAUUUGAUUAUUUUAGAUUUAAAUCUUUGUCAUACCUCUUUAAUAGUUUAGUUCCUUUAAAAUGGGCUAAAAAGUAUAACUUCAUCUCUUCAAUAUUUAUGCAUACAACUACUUUUGGAGUCAUAAUUAGUAAUAAAGCUUUCAUACAAACAAUUGUGUGGAAAAAUUAAUAUCAUUUAAUGCUCUUUUUAAAUUUAUUUUUUAUCUGCUUCAUAAAAAGAGCAGGCCUUGCAAAUUAAAACUUAUACACUUUCAUUGUAUCCCCUUGCAUGUAUUGACACUGUUUGAGAAGAAAAAAAUAAUUUUUUUCUGGUCUGCCAUAAUUCUUAUUAUAUUAUUUGAGAAUUAAUUUUUCAAUGAUGUUUUAAUAUUGAAAUUUACUGAUAACCAAGUAUCAAAUAGAGCUUCCAUUCAAAUAGUGACAAAAUCAUUGUCAAAAUCGGUAUAAAUUCUAAAAAAACAUCUUAUUUAUCUUUAAUUGCUAUUAUUACUAUACAUAUUUUAUUAAAAUUAAUUUGCUUUCAAUACUUCUUUCAAAAAUUUGAAACUUCAUUUCUUGUUAUAAUUAAUUGUUCCUAAAAUAGGGAAACUGCAGCUUUCUAAUGUAAAUUUUUCAAGAAUUUUUUUUUAUCUUACACCCUUUGCCACCUUCUAAAUGCAAUAAAUUCUUAUCAUUAAAUCUCCACUGUACUAAAAUGUUCAAAGUGAUGAAGAUUUUAGGAAUGGAAAGGCAAUAUGGGGCACUAAGUUUAUUGAAAAUUUUAUCUUAUGCUCCAUGCCAAACUAGAGCUGAUACAAACACUAUAUUGAUAUAAGGUGGGAAAUAUUUUUGUACAUUUACGAAAAGUGGGAAAAUAUAACUAACAUGUGUAAUCAUAAAUCCUUUUAAAUUAUCAAACAAAAUUUUUAAUUGAGCCUGAAUUAAUGCUUCAAAAUUUAAAUAGGCGACAGAGUGUUUGUCAAAAUUUCAAUCACUUUAAGUUUUACUGACAAGUCAUAAUAUCUCCACAGCCUUCAAGUCAAUAAAAUUGUUCAAUGAGCUAGUAGCUAGCUAUUGUUAGAAAACUGGUUUCAUGUCAAUGUAAACAUCAUCUUACUGUCAUCUGUGCUCAGAGAUAGUUUUUGUAAUUUUAAAUGUUAUUGUCAAAUACAGUAAUUGUUUGUAUUUUUCUCUUUUAAGUUAUUAUUUAAAACUUUGUGUUUGAUGUCUUUGCAUCUAGUUAUCUAAUUGAUGCCACAUCAAAAAAAAGAAAAGUGUAUCACUGACUAUCACAUUAGUAUUAACCUGAAGAAUGUGUGUGUAAGAUUCAUUUAUUUUACCAUUUAGACAAAUGCGUUACACUUUUGUUUUUUUUAGUUUUAGAUCAACUUUGAUCAAGAAAUUAAAUUUUUGAACUGUAUAGUUUUUAUUAGAUUAUCCAUUUGUAACAAAAACUGACUUUUUUUUUUCAUUAUGAAAAUAUUUUAGACAUUUACUUUUAGCAGUAUAUUUUGUGCAGCAGACUAAGUUAUUGGUCAUAUCUGCACAGUAUACAACUGAUGCAAACUAUGCUAUUUUAAAGUGGGGCCAUCUGAGUAACCUGUCUGUAAACAUAUUGUUAAAUUUUAUGACUGCACACAUAACUCUUAUAUGACAUUAGACACAGAAGGACCAAGACAUCCAAAAUCAACUUAUUUGCAUCCCGAAAAAAAUCUUUAACAUUAGAAGUAGUAUAUGGGCCUUUUGAUAAAAUAAAAGUUUGUCAUGGGAAUUUGUUAACUACAAUUUUUUAUUAAACAUCAGAGUAUGGUGCCUGGAAGAGCAGUCACUGUCUCAGGAUAUUUUCAUGAGAGUACACAAACAAGGAUGAGAAAAAAGUUAAUGUGUAGUAGUAGUAUUUAACCUAAUUUCUUUUUAAAGAUAUUUAUAUUGACCUGUGCCUAACCAUAAUAAUAUUUGUACCCAAUAUUUAAUCUUUUUAGCAUGAUUUUCAUUAAUUGACUUCUCCCCAUUAGUGAUAUACUGUAGUUCCUGGCUUGAGUUUUUACUGUCCAAAUUAUACAUAGCGUAUAUGGAAGUUGUCUAGUUAAAGUGUAAUAUAUAUUAAUAGAUGGAGCCAAACAUUGUAAUUCUUAACAGAGAUCUAAUAACAACAUUUGGUGCUUAUUUCAAAUAGGUGCUCAAUCUGCCUCUUCUUAAAAUAUUACUAGUAUGCUCCUUUUGGAUUUUCCAUGUUAACAUUUCAUUUAAAGCAUUUGUAUAUACUAAACUUAGUUGUUCUAUUUGGCUUUUAAAAGCAAUAUAUUAUAUUGUUUACAUUUGAAUAUUUUUUCCCAUAACUGAAGAUUUGAAUUAAAUUAAAGUGUUCCUAUAAGACUAAUAGAAAUGACAAAUAAAACUUGUCUAACUGUAGUGUACAUUUUAUAUUUACCUUAAAGAUCCAUCUGUAGAUUUGUGAUUUCAGUUUUACAGACAAGAAAUAUUUAAAGUAUGUUGCCUUUGCCAAUAUCUAACCCAGGGAUACAAUAGUUUGUACUCACUAUUUUCUAUUCUUUUUGUUAAAAAUACACUUAUCCCAUUUUCUCUUUUUAAUACUGCUAAUAUUAACUAAUAUAUUUUAACUGAGGAGCAUUUAAUUAAUAUUGAGUAUUGUGGGUUUUUGUAAAAUCUUAUAUCUGUUCACCAUCUAUUAAGAUUUUUUUAAAGAUUUAUUUCAAAACAUUUCUAGCAUACAGUGGACCAUAUUUUAUAAUGAAAUAUCAGGUAUAAAAUAAAAUCAAAUAAAAAAGAGAAAUUAAAAUGUGCUGGAGGAAGUCACUAAAAGUGAAAGCCCUAAACCUUUACUGAAGAUAAAUUCUGCUAGUUAAACAUAGUCAUUUUCUUUUUAAUAUAUGUAUUAGACAUAGUCAUUUUCUUUUUAAUAUACCUACCAUUUUAAACCAAAGAAAAGUCAUUUUACUCAGAUAUUUUCAGUGCUUUUCAUGCAUAUCUGUGUCUUUUGGGGGAUCUUCUCUCUCCAUAUUUGCUGGUCAAAUUUUAUAUUUACACUCCUGAUUCCUAAGUACCGGUAUACUUUUUUAUAUUUGAAUAUGCCACCAUCUUGCUUUUUUUACACUAAUCUUAUCAGCAGAUGUUUUGGUGCUUUUAUCAGAUUUAUUCCUUUGUCUAUGCCUCGACUCUUUCUUCAUUUGGUGAUAAACAGCUUAGGUUGAUCAAUUCUCAAUAAAAACUGUCUUUUUUAAAAAAAAUAUUAUAUUUUAGGCCAGCCAAAUAAGUAAUGUUUUACCCUAUGAGUAUGAGGGUCAAUUUGAGCCUAGAAGCCAUUCAUACAUCAGAUUCUAACAAGAAAGGUGGAGUGGGGGGUGGUGUCAAUGGUGCCUAAAUUUGUUGCCAGACUACGGUGAAGCUAUUUAUGGAUGGCUCCCUAGUCAUUUUUAUGAUUUUUUCUGUGAUGGUCAAUUCUAGCUUAGAAUUUUAAACAUCUUGUUUUUCUGUGAGGGUCAAUAUUAACCUGGCUGAUAUAAUUUCACAUUAUAUGUUGUGGCAGCUUUGAAAAGUGUUUUAGUUACAUUUAGUAAUUAAUAUAGUAAGGUUCAUAAGUGUAACAUUAAUGAAGUGUUAAUAUUGUAGGGCCACCCAUAAAUGAUGUCAAGUGUCUAGGGGUGGUCCGAAUUUUGUGAUGAUGGGAGGGGGGUGUUAAGCAAUGUCAUGUCACAUUUUAAAAAAGCUGUACAUUAUAGAAAAAAAUAGAAAAAAAAUAAAUCGUAGACAUUGUUAACAUUAUUCUUUAAUACAACAAUUAUUUUUUUAAAGCUACCGAUCACUGAGAGAAUCAGUACGGGUAAUCGAGGUCCUAAAAAUGGCUCUAAUCAAGUUACAGGACAUCAUGGAGGAGGAGAAACGGAGUGUAGUGACAUUGGCAGUUGUGAGAAUUUAUGUCGAUAUGUGGAGACGGGAGUCAUAGAAUUAGGUCUACCACUUGAAGUGGGAUGGAAUAAAAAUAGUGAAUAUGGAGGGUGUGGGGGGAAUGAUCUGAGUAAAUGCUCUAGGGCAGGGAUUCUUAACCUUAUUUUCAGUGCUACUUACAUCCAUCCCCUUGCAAUGUUGAAAGAGUUCCCUCCCAGAUAAAUUAUAUAGUAAUAAAAUUUAAAAAUGAAAGAAAAAACUAUUUAUUGCAAUCUUGUUAUUUCUUUAAUUAGCUUUCGGGGUGGGGGGGGGGAUUGCACCAAUAAAAUAAAUGUUUAAACAAAAUUCACCACAAAAAAUUUACUGCUGCUAGUCAAAAACUGACUUUUUUUAAAAAAUGACAGUGGGCAGCAAAUACAAUUUUCUGGGUCUUCAGUACCCCAUUGACUGCUUUCACCCCUAUUUAAGAAUCACUGCUCUAGGGAAAUGGUUCUGACACAGGUGUAGUAAUUCAACAUGCAUGGGAUAUGAUUUUUGUAGGGUUUGUAAAGGACGGUAGGGACAGAGUGAUUUUUUUGUAUAUAUGGGGUGCAGAGGUUUGUGGACAAAAUAAUCUAUCUUUUUGUGACAAUGGUGUGAAAAAAUGUGCGUGAUGUCAUUUAUGGAUGGCCCCUGUAAGUCCCAUUGCUUUUCAUUUCUUCCCAUUUUACAUCAACAAAUGAGAUUAAUUAGGAAUCCAUUAGGCGUGUUUAAGUUUGAAAUCUGAUGAUCCAGUAAUUUGAACAUAUGCAUGUUAUAGUCAAUGCGUUAAGUGGAUUUUUAAAAAAUAUUUUACAUGCAUUUUUCUGCUACAAAUUGAUCUUUACCUGUUAUGAUGUUAUAUGAGGUGUAUGCUAAGAAAUGCCAAUCUUUAACCUUUUCAUUAGUUAGAAAAUGGCUAUUUUUUUCUUUUAGCAUAUAAACAACAUUUAAUUCAUAACCAUUUAAUCUUAUUUAUCUGUCUAGUAUUUGAAGACUAUUCAUGUUUGUAUUUUAUUUAUUAUUGUAGAAUGAUAUAUAAUGUCUGCCACUUUUAUAUUGAAUUUUGUCAUUUCUACAUCAUUUCGUGUCAGUUUUUUUUAAAUAAACGACCAGCAGUGCAGAAAUUAAAUUAAUAUAGAUGUUCACUAGAGUCCAUAGAUUUCCCUCUCAAAAUUGUUUGUGAGACAUUGUAAUUUCAAGUUAAUUGUAUGUUCUUAAACAUCCCAAAACCUCUACCAGUAAAUGAAUAUGGAAGGGAUAAAAUAAAAGAUUACAAUCAUAAAUUAAUUUAGCAGCCUGUCUCACCUGUAGUAUGCAUUAAGUAUAUAAUUCUGCUUUGAUUUUUUAUUUUACAUUAAUUUUAAAUAGGAUCGAUCUCUCAAAAUAUAAUUUUCCCUGCUCGAUAUUCACAAUGAGUGCAGCGCUCAUUUCUUGAUUAUAACCUUUACUGGGGAUCAAGUUUAUAUAGAUGUAGUUCAUAUAAAAUGAUUUUUGGGUGCACAAAUUUAGUUGGUGCCUUUUUUUAAGUCCUGUAUAAUAAUAAAAUAAAUAUAUAUACUCAUGCCCCACCCUAAUUUGUGUUCAUGUCAAUAUUUACAUUUAGCUACCCCUGUUUUGAUGCAUGCUUUAAUUUUAAUGAUGUAUAUUCUUAUCUCAUAUUUCAUUUCAGACAACAUUUUCCACUAUGGCUUUUAAUGUACCGUAGUUAAUGCUGGAGCAUUUGCUGAAUCGGGAAAUCACAACAAAAAUUAUGACUUAGGCAUAGAUUAUUUAGGAAAAAAAAUAUCUCAGAAACAGUCUUAAUCUUAUUAAUUCUAAAAUAAUUAUGAAUGAUAGCAUGAAUUUUAUUGUCCAUCUUUUCUUGUUGGAUUUGUCUUAGAAAUGUGUAAAAGGUGAUUAAUUUAAAGAGUUAAAAUUUAUAAAAAUUAUUUAUAAAAUGACAGUGCAUAAUAACAAAUUUUUCACAUUACAUGGACUCAAAUUUCCAAUGUUCUAAUGCUCAAAUACAUAAC